AUGAUCGCUCCUCAAUUUAAAGAGAGAGAAGAAUAUCAUGUUACUGGUAAGAAAAGUCAGUCCAAAGCACUUCAAGAUGCAAUUGUCCUUUUGAAGCGGAUAUCGAAACCUCUCUCCUACAAAUAUAUUAUAUAUCACCUGUACACUUGUUUAGUCGAAAGACGCGCAUAUCUAUACCAUUCAAUGGAAGUUCGUACGAAUUACUCUGCGAAUUCGUUAGUUCAGUUUUCAAUGUCGAUUGUCUGCGAAAACAACGGGGAACAAUUUGCCAUUCCAGUUAAUAUUCUCCUAAAUCCGAAUAUCAUCAAUAUGGUGAAGUGUCCCGACAUUUACCUUUGCGAUGAUGCUUGCGUUACAAGCAACGAGCAAUGUCCUUUUGUCGAUCAUACCAAUAAUCGUAUUUUUACCUCCUACAUGUACAAUUGGAACCAACAACACAAUCCAAACCUUUACACCCUUAUCUGCGAUCUCCAGCGCGAGUUCAGCCACUUCCCGCCCCUCCUUCGCCCACCGUUACGAGAAGGGCCGCCUUCUGGGCGAAGGCUGCAGCGGGAAAGUCUACGAAGGAAUCUACAAAGACAAAAUGAUCGCGAUCAAAGAGUGCCGAACGUCGCCGCAGUUCAGCGAGAAGAGCUUGCUGAAGGAGAUUUCGAUCAUGGCGUCGCUGCGACACCCUUCGAUUCUGCGCGUGUACGGGUAUAACGUGGAAACGGAGAAGGACGGAUCCAAAAUCAUCACGAUUUUGGAGGACCGAGCGAAGACGUCGCUGGAUCACGUGCUGGGAAAGCUGUCGACGCAGGACGAUGGGCUGAGCGAUUCGGUGAAACGGCUGGCUGGAAACGAGAAAGCCUAUUGGCUGCGGAAGAUUUACGUGAUGCAGAUCGCGACGGGGCUGUUGUACGUGUUUUUGAAGAAGAUUUGCCACGGGGAUUUGAAGCUGGAUAAUAUUCUGGUGUCGGAGAAGGGGGAUUUGAUGAUUUCGGACUUCGGAAUGGCGAAGUUCGCGAAUGGCGACAUUACGAGCUCGAUCGUGAAUAUUGGGAAUAAACUGCAGUCGUGGUUGAAAUGGAUUGAAAUGUAGUCGAGCCCCGGAGUUGUGGCGGAUUCUCAUCGAGAUUGAGAACAUGGAGCCGGAUGAAGUGCAUCGCGUGCUGCUUCAUGCGGAUGCUUACGCGCUUGGCUUGCUUAUAUCGGAGAUUCUCACGGGAUGUUUCCCAGUGAAUGUAUACAAGAACGGAGUGGCGAAGGAAUUGACGGAUGCGAAUGUAGGAUUGGAGGAGAGCGUAGAGCGUAGUGGGGAUUCAUGAUGGAGGAGGGAUAUCGAUUUAAGGUGAAUUCGGCGCUGAAAAAGGACGAAAGUGGGGUAGUGGAAAGAGAGAGUGAAGUGUAGUUAUUUACGGAAUUGUGUCGGACUGCAUGAAAGAGGAAGUAGGCGAGUGGAACGAGAUGUGAGGUAGAAUGAACGGCCGGAGAUGCCCGAGAUUUUUAAACGCGUGGAAGAAUGGUUCAAGAAGGAAACGGUUUGCAUUUGGAAUGAUU